AUGUGUAGUUGGCUACGACGAAACAACAACAACGGCAACCUCGCCAAGGCUGAAAUGAACGACUACUACGUGAACAUUGUCAAUGCGGCCAACACGCGUUAUAAAUCCGUGACUCGAGGCGGAUUCCGUGUUCAACUUCUUAUCAAUGCCAUCAUUAUAGCUGAUACCCCAUCACUUUCACCGUGGACUCAGAACCUGAACGUCAGCGGAGUGAUACAGGCGGGACGGGCGCUCGACGAUUUCAGUCUUUACGUUGAGAAAUCCGGAGGUCAACUUGGCGGAGUUCCCUUCGACCACGUGGCCUUAAUAACUGGGUUUAACUUAGCAAGCGGACCAAGCAGGGGCACCGCAGGUAUCGCCUAUCUAAGAGCUGUGUGCCGGACGUACACGGUGUCUGUGACUGAGGAACUCUACGAAGAACUUACCGCCUUGGUACUCGCACACGAGAUUGGUCACAGUUUGGGAUCAGAACACGACGGUACAAGGAACACCUGUAAAGGAAGCGAUCAAUUCGUGAUGGCCGCUAGGUUGAGGAUCCCACCUAGUUCUAAAGCCACGAACCCCUGGCACUUCUCGUCCUGUUCAGUGACGCAGUUCCGGUCAUUCCUUCAGACAUCUAGAACUGCCUGCACUCUGUCUCGACAAGGCCACGCCAUCGACGUGUCGCCGUUCCUACAGCAGGAGUUCGGACAGAAGUAUCCGCCCGACAUUCAGUGUGAGAUAUAUCUGGGAUCGGGAUCCAAGCUGUGCAGAGCUCUCUACUUCGCUCCCAACGUGUUGAGAUACGACUCGAUCUGUCGUCUGCUUUACUGUUACCGCCCAGCUACUCGAGACUGUGUGCCGGUGUCUGCGCAUGACGGAACUUCGUGUGGAGACCGCUUAUGGUGCCAGUCUGGGGUCUGUGUGUUCUCCGCCAAGGCGCCAUCUAGACCACUUAACUGCCCUGCCGGCGACGACCCGGAUGUGCGAUGUACCUUGGAUCUCUGUACGAUUGCGUUUUUAAAUGACCAGCUGUGCUGUGCCACGUGCAAAGGACCACGCCCAACAAACAAACCACGCCCAACGAUGUCAGGCGGAAUGAAACUAGCACCGACUCAGUCUGUUGGUAUUUUCCCUGUCAAACCGACUCAGUCUGUUGGGAUUUUUCCUGUUAAACCGACUCAGUCUGUUAUGGUCCAGAAUACACGCCAACGUCCUGGAAUUGCACCGACCCAGUCUGUUUCGUUUCAGGGCCAAAGACCAGGCCCAUAGGAACCGGGUGGGUGGGGUGGGAGUGGGGGCUAUGACCUCCACUUGAGGACGAAAUGUACGUUGUUGUUGUUUUGGUCCUACUCUAUAUAAAAAUAAAAACCUGGCUUGGUUUCAUUGAAAAAAUG